CAGCACUUGUACAUCACUAAUAAUCAGCAACUCAACUUUAGACUUUAAUUUUAUCUGGUUCGCUUGUACCAAUUUAAUAAACGAGCUCGCGUUGCUGUUCAUUCUACACUUAGUGCCAUUUCUAAUCGGCGGCGGUAAUUCUGCAGUAAUAAAAAUUUAGUUGGGUCGUUCGUCCUGCCGAGACGUGUACGAGUUGUUAAUUCGCACCGGCUCACGCCACACUGCCUGCACCCGUUUUAGAGGACAAAAGAAAUGGCCCGUAACAACAGCAAACGUUUGUUCAAAUUUGUGUCUGAACACAUUACAUGUUCCUCCAGAAACUAUGGAACUGCUAAAAGGGUGGUGGCAGCCAAACCUGUUGUGGAGAUGGAUGGAGAUGAGAUGACCAGAAUUAUUUGGGCUAUGAUCAAAGAAAAGCUUAUAUUUCCUUAUGUGAAGCUGGACUGCCUGUACUACGACCUGGGGCUGCCGCACCGCGACGCCACGGACGACCAGGUGACCAUCGACGCCGCGCACGCCAUUCUCAAGCACAACGUCGGGAUUAAGUGCGCCACCAUCACGCCUGAUGAACAGAGAGUUGAAGAGUUCAAGCUGAAGAAGAUGUGGCUGAGCCCAAACGGCACCAUCCGCAACAUCCUGGGCGGCACGGUGUUCCGCGAGCCCAUCUUGUGCGCCAGCAUCCCGCGGCUGGUGCCCGGUUGGACCAAGCCCAUCGUCAUCGGCCGCCACGCGCACGGCGACCAGUACAAGGCCCAGGACUUUGUUGUGCCCAAACCUGGAAAGGUGGAAAUGGUGUACACUAUGGCCGACGGCACCGUAGACAAGCGCCUACUGUUCGACUUCAAGGUGCCCGGGGUGGCUCUCGGCAUGUACAACACCGACGAAUCCAUUCGCGCCUUCGCACACUCCAGCUUUCAGGUGGCGCUACAAAAGAAAUGGCCGCUGUACUUGUCUACUAAGAACACAAUUCUCAAGCGAUAUGACGGUCGUUUUAAGGACAUUUUCGAAGAGGUCUACCAGAGCGAUUAUAAGAAGCAGUUCGAAGACGCUAAGAUCUGGUACGAGCACCGCCUGAUCGACGACAUGGUGGCGCAGAGCAUCAAGAGCAGCGGCGGCUUCGUGUGGGCCUGUAAGAACUACGACGGCGACGUGCAGUCCGACAUCGUUGCACAGGGCUACGGAUCCCUGGGCAUGAUGACAUCAGUGCUGAUGUGCCCCGACGGCAAGACCGUGGAGUCGGAGGCGGCGCACGGCACGGUGACGCGCCACUACCGCAUGCACCAGCAGGGCAAGCCCACGUCCACCAACCCCGUGGCGUCCAUCUACGCGUGGACCCGAGGGCUCAUCCACCGCGCCAAGUUGGACAACACGCCCGAUUUGGCCAAAUUCGCGCUCUCUCUAGAGGAGGCUUGCGUAGAGUGCAUCGACAGCGGCAAGAUGACUAAGGACCUGGUGAUUUGUAUCCACGGCAUGGAGAAGACCAAGGAGGGAAUGUUCUUGCACACCGAAGACUUUCUGCUGGCUAUCGCCGACCAGCUGGAGCGCAAGCUUUCUAAGUAAAUGCCCACCUCGUUCCAGCCAUUGUCGUAGCAGGAGGCAAUCAUCAUCUAUUUCAAGGGUCAGAAAUGUGUUUACUGUGACUUCCUGUACAUGUUUGUGAGUUAAAAAACUUAGCGAAUAGCCAAAAUAUAAGCUCAAGUGAAAUAACUAGCUAUUUUGCUCGGCAGCUUAUCUACUUAGAGAUGAGACUGAUUGUAUUUCCAAGUUUUUCAUAAAUACAGUUUAUAUUUUUAGCUACUACUUAUUUUUUAGAACGUGCUUCUAAUUUUUCUAAACGCAUUGCUACUUUUGAUAAUAAUGAGAUUUAUACCAAGACAUAAUUUUAAUAGUUUUAAUUAGACAUUUUAGAAAUUAAGUGUAGCCAGUGAUUUAAUGUUGUUGUAUUAAGUAAAAAAUAUUUGAUCUGUAGCUCGAAACGUUGUUAACAUUUACCUUACGUAGUAAUAAAAUGUACGACCAUGUAAUCAUAGACGCUUGACAUAAAAUUGGUUGGAAAAAAAUCUUUUAAGAUCAAAAGUAGCUAAGUCAGUCUAAAAAAAAAAUCAAUCCCGCAACGUGCCUUAUUAGUUUAAAAUAAUAAAUAUUAUGUUUACUUACUUUUACAAGUCCUUGCAUGUAAUUUUAGAUAUGAACCAUAUUUAAAGUAGCACCUGCGCCUAUAUCUGAGUAACAGGGUAUAAAUGACUUGUUAGUCAUUUAUACCCCGUUUUUUUAAAGAUCAGAAUAUUUGUAACCUCAAAAGUAGUGGUAAUUAUCUUUAUCUUCUGAAAUGCUAGGGUUCCUAUGAUAUCUAGUAUUGCGGCACAAUAAUAUGUAAACGACACUAUAAUUCGGUGCAUAGUUUAUUUAAUUAGUAGUAGAUUUAAUUUUGGAGAAAAAAGUUGUCAUUGCUUUUGAGGUUAUAAAAUUCAUAAUCUGAAAAAAUACAGACUAUGAGUAAUAUUAUUGUAGAUUCAUGUGUGCUCUGGAGGAAUCGCAUUUAAAAAAUGGUUUAUUCCUAAUACUAAUAACAAGAAUAAUUUGGCUAAGAUUAUGCACACAAUAUAAUAAAUUUUAUAAGUAAUUUCUGUAUAUGUAUCAUCCAAUCAUGAAUUAAUAAAAUAUAUAUUUCUAUGA